AUGACAGAUGUUAUAGCAGAAGAACCGAGUACACCUGUGCCUACCUCUGUCAUGUCAAAGGAAACGCGUAAACUACGUAAAAAGAAACAGUUGGAUUCGGAUGAGGAGUCGUACAUGAGUCAAGUCCUCAGCCAAGAUGCUAGUACGUUGACAGAUGAGCAGAUUGAUUUAUUGGACACGGAUGAUUUGAUGGAGUGUAUGGAUGCACCUGUCAAAAAGUCUUCCAUGAAGAAGAAAAAGAAACCCACCGAGAGUAAAAAAUCGCGUCCUACCAAAAAGUUAAACAUUGUGAAGACAGACAUUAUCAAGAAGUACCUCAAUAAAAAGGUGAUUGAGCCAUUUGAUCCACGCGUGAUUCAACAGUUGGCACUAGAGUAUCCAGACAAGUAUUGGCAAUUCGAUGCAGAUACAGAAGACAGUCAAAUGAUUAACGAGAUCAAUGCAGACCAUCCAUUGUACCCUCUCGCUGUGGAUGUAUGUGAUCAAGGUGCUGUUACGGGCAUGACACUUUCCGACGAUGGUACGCUUCUCGUUACCUUCUCCAACAUUGGCGCCAUCAAAAUCUGGGAUGUCCAUCAUAACCUCACCUGUCUUCGCCAUAUUCGGGACAGGCAAGAAACACAGAUUGACGAGUUUUACUGUGGUCAGUUAUUACCUGCGGACGAAUUGUUGGUGGCGGGUGGUAAACUCAAGAAUAGACAUCGGUGGUCUGCAGAAGAAAACGAUAACCAUAUCAUGCCUUGUCCUAUCAAGAUCUUUAACAUUAUUACAGGUGAACGCGUGGCUGUCUUGGACGGCCAUUCUGAAGAAAUCCUUUGUAUCAAGGCUGUUCAAUUCAAGGGCGAUAAUUAUCUACUUUCGACUAGUCAAGAUGGCUACAUCAUUAAAUGGCAUAUGGCACAAGAUUGGAUUACAUUGCUGGAUUCUACUCCCAUGAUUGAUGGUGUGACUUGUAUGGCGUUUACUGUAAGCUUUCUUCCAAACACGGGUAAUAAAUACUUUCUAGCCGCAUGUGAUGAACAUUUGCGACUGUAUGACUUUGAGCAAGCCAUGCUUUUACAGACGUUUGAUGACAUGUAUUCGUCGUAUUGUGAUUGUGGUAAGUUCGUCAAUUGGGUGGAUGCCCCUGUCAAGGAAGAGACGGAUAUUGAGAAACAGGUGGAAGAACUCGCUGUCACGGAUGGAGAGAGGAAAGAGGGCACAAACCAGUUUGCAUGGUUUAUUAGUCGAGGUGCAGAAAUGUGUGACGUAAGUGAUGGUGUAUCGUCUAUACCCAAUUCGUGCAUCUUACACAAGCUGGUGUAUCCAAAUAAAAAGGGUGGAAAGUUCGAAUUACAGACAAUACAAAAGUACACCCAUGAGAGUUAUCACGCGAACUCUUGGUUAGUAAAGAUUACGUCAAAUGGAAGAUAUGUAUUGGCGCCUACUAUUUAUGGUCAGAUAUUUGUUUUCAAUAUGAAGACGGGCAAGGUUUCGGCCAUCAUCAAGGAACACGAAGGUAACGCAAUAGUCGUAGUUUUAAUUAUUCUUGUUUCUUGCUUACAAAAAAUGUACGAGAAUAGACAUUGA